UUGUUGGUGGAUUCUCUUCUGGUCUGACUUCAUUCAGAGGAGCAUGGUGAGGAUAAAUCCAGUAAAGCGAGAGGAGGACUCCCACAAGGCUGGAUGAAUAUAUUUCUGCCCUGCUGGUGGGUUCAGACUCCUCGCGGAGGGAAGCUGGACUAAGCGCCCGGCCUUCAUGUAACUGUAUUUAGACUUUCUGCAGUGAUGCAAGUUGACUGUCUGUCUCGCGAAAGGAUCAGCUGAAUAAAACCAGGGUUAUUCUGUUGUUAGCUUGUUGUUUGCCUUCAGGAGGAGGAUAAAACCCGGGGCACGGCGACAGAAGAGCCAGAACACUCCUAAUUGAUGAAACAACCAAUCAGGACAUGCCUUUACUCCAGAGAGCGUGUGACUGGUGGUUUGAUCAAGUUGUCAAUCAUCUGUUUAACUGGUUGAACUGGAGUCCCAUGUGCUGUUAAGCAGUGUUGUGGUUGGUUCAUUUAAUAUCUCAGUUUUUUGGGUAACGGGGAUCGUUUAAUCUCUCCUUUCAUCCUGAUCUCACUCGGUCCAUGUGGUGUCGGCCAUUUUAUUGUUUAUUCCUUUUUUUUCGAUCGGUUUGCUGAUUUUUACUGCCAUGAAGCGACUGGGCCACCUGAUGCUGAGGAGGUGGAGAGAGACGGAGAGGUGGACGAGGAGGAGAAAGAGUGAACCCUGCGGAGGAGUGGAAGAGGAAGAGGAAGAAGAGGAGGGGACGGAGAGACAGACAGACAGAAGGAAGAAGAGACAGACGGACCGGUGGACUCUGAGGAGAAGGUCGGAACCCUGCACAGGAGCCACGGAGGAAGAGGAAGAUAAAAGCCAGGGGAUGAAAAGGAAGGAUGAGAAGAGGAGGAGGAGGAAAUCAGAGCCCAGCAUCCUCGUGCAGCCGGAGAUGGACAGACAAACAGAAAGACAGACGGACAGGCAGAGGAAAGAGACAGGCGGGAGGAGCGGAGAGGCAGACGAACGGAUGCUGCGGCGGCGCUCCGAGCCCUGUGGAGCCCUUUACAUCCAACUGCUCCCUCUGUCAGACAGGAAGAGGAAGGAGCUGCUAGAGAGACGCACAGGACGGAGGAAGUCAAUUGGGGAGGAGAGAGACGAGCAGACAGACUGGACGGACAGGAGGCAGAAAAAGGAGGACAAGCGGACGGCCAGGAGGAAGUCCGAGCCCAUCGGCCUUCUGGAAACCACCUCUAGCAUGUCCUCUCCCCCCUCCACCCCUUCCUCUGCUUCCCCCCAUGUGCCUCCUCCUUCCCGGGCUCAGGAGGCCGGUGUGUUUCAGCUGGAGACGUACCAGAGCGAGCCGCGCCGGCCGGAGACCCGCAGGAUGCGCUCCUACUCCUCCCCUCCCGACUCGGGGCCACGCGGCGCCCUCUCCUGCUACCGACCACCUCCUCCUUCGUCGCCGCCACCACCUCCUCUUCCUGCCCCCGCACCUCACAGCUCUCUCUGCUCUCAUGCCGCUGCCAGGCUGGUGGAGGCUGCUGCAGACGGCAUGUUGGAGGGACAGGGACACCGGGACUCCGAGGAUGCCGUUGAUGAGUCAGAGGGAGACAUCUACAUGCGUUUCAUGAAGUCCCAUAAGUGUUAUGACAUCGUUCCCACCAGCUCCAAAUUGGUGGUCUUUGACACCACGCUACAGGUGAAGAAAGCCUUCUUCGCCCUCGUAGCAAAUGGAGUGAGAGCUGCUCCUCUCUGGGAGAGCAAGAAACAGAGCUUUGUAGGAAUGUUGACAAUCACAGAUUUCAUCAACAUCCUGACCAGAUAUUACAAAUCCCCAAUGGUGCAGAUCUAUGAGCUGGAGGAACAUAAGAUUGAGACGUGGAGGGAGUUGUACCUCCAGGAAACCUUCAAACCUCUAGUUCACAUCUCACCGAAUGCCAGUAUCUUUGAAGCGGUGUAUUCAUUAAUUAAGAAUAAGAUCCAUCGGCUGCCUGUCAUCGACCCGGUCAGCGGUAAUGCACUUUACAUCCUGACGCACAAACGGAUCCUCAAGUUCCUCCAGCUCUUUGUGUGUGAGAUGCCCAAGCCAGCGUUUAUGAAGCAGACGUUAGAGGAGCUGGGUGUUGGGACUUACUCCAACAUCGCUUACAUCCACCCAGACACGCCCAUCAUCACCGCCCUGUCCGUCUUCACCCACCGCCGCGUCUCCGCCCUGCCCGUGGUCGACCAAAAUGGUAAAGUGGUGGAUAUCUACUCCAAGUUUGAUGUAAUUAACCUCGCAACAGAGAAGACUUACAAUAACCUGGAUGUAACGGUGACUCAGGCGCUCAGCCAUCGCUCCCAGUACUUUGAAGGAGUCAUGAAAUGUAACAGACUGGAAACACUGGAAACCAUUGUGGACCGCAUAGUGAAGGCAGAGGUCCACAGGUUGGUUGUCGUUGAUGAGGACUCUCGCAUCAUCGGAAUUGUUUCUUUGUCUGACAUCCUGCAAGCGCUGAUUCUGACACCUGCAGGUCUAGGUAGAAAGGACAGUCUACCCAGUCAGCCAGCCGGAGAGCCUGGUGUGGAUUCAGUUGAAGCGGAUCCUGACAGACCAGAGAGCACAGAACCACCAAUUGAACUGGACACAGACCCGGAGUCUGGAAGAGAGACAGAGCUAGAGACAGACAGAGAAGCAGAGGGAGGGACAGGUUGUGAGACGUCUGCGAUAGAGAGUGAUGCAGGGUUAGAGAUCGGGGCUGCCACAAGUGGAGAGACAGAGGGAGACAGACAGGAAGACACAGAGAGACAGGUAACCACGGAGACUGAGGGAGACAGACAGGAAGACACAGAGAGACAGGUAACUACAGAGACAGAGGGAGAUGGACAGGAAGACACAGAGAGGCAGGUAAUUAAAGAGGCGGAGGGAGACAGACAGGAAGACACAGAGACACUGGUAACUACAGAUACAGAGGGAGACAGACAGGAAGACACUGAGACACUGGUAACUACAGAUACAGAGGGAGACAGACAGGAAGACACAGAGAGACAGGUAACUACAGAGGAAGAGGGAGACACUGAAGUCACACAAACGGAAAGUGAAAUCCAACCAGUAUCUGAGAGUGAGACAGAGAUGGAGGAGCAGACAGACACGGAAGUGACGGAGGGAGAGAGACAGCCAGACAUGGAGGAAGACGUGAAAGCAACAGACACACAAACAGAUAGACAAAUGGAAUGUGAGACAGACACAGAGGCAGAUAGACAGACAGAAUGUGAGGUGGACAUAGAGGCUGAAUGUGAGACAGAUGGAGAGAAAGGAGGUGAGACAGACAUACAGACAGACAGAGAGACAGAUUGUGAGAUAAAAAGAGACACAGAGGGAGAGACAGAAACACAAACAGAGGGAGAGACAGAAUGUGAGACAGACACAGAGACAAACAGGGAGAUGGAACACACUGUUUUGACUGAGGCAGAUAUGGAGCUUCAGUUGGAGACGGAGAAGUGUGAAGGAGGAGAGGAGGAGAAGGAAGGAGGGGAGACUGAAGGUGAGGAAAGAAAAGAAAAAGAAGAGGAGGAAGAGGGAGGAGAGACCGAAGGGGAGGAAAGGAAAGAAAGAGAGGAGGAGGAGUUGGGAGGGGAGACCGAAAAGGAGGAAAGGAAAGAAGAGGAGGAGGGAGGUGAGGAAGAAGGUGAAAGUGCUGAAGGAGUGAAGGAAGGAGGGAAUGAGGGAGAAGGAGAGAAGGAGGCAGAGUGAUCACUCCGUCUGGUGUCUCUGGACUCGUUCUGACCUGUGGAGGUUGAGUUCUGCUGCUCGUAACAGGAAGAGGAGGAGAAAGAAUGUGAAGGGGUGGGAUCAACUCCCCUGAAAGCUGACAUGGGAUUGGCCAGGAGGCUUGAACCGUCCGUUUUUAUUGGUCAGCAUUCAGCAGGUUAGGGACUGAUGCAGAGCUGUGAUUGGACAGCUGCCUGGUUUUGUUAAAGCAGGAGGAAGGCGGGCCACAUAGAUGACUGGCGUUGAGUUGAACCAAUCGGAGAUCUUUGACGGCCGUUUCUCAGUGGACCAUUCAAGUGUUCGUUAGCCUCGGAGAACAGCUUUUAUCAUCGCGCUGAAAGCUGUUCAUUUCUGGACUGUUCUCCUCUGUGUUGAACGGGCUCGGUGGUGGCUGACGUCUAGAAAAACACAACAGAAAUCUCAAAUUCAGUUUUAACAUGUGAACAUCACCUGGACAGAAAUAACACGUUUUUAACAGCAGUGCUUUUCAGGUAGAGCCGUCCUGAAGGUCUCGUCACAGCGCUGGCUUCAUCUGCUUUCUCUUUAGCAACAGAAAGGAGACGCUGUCGAGCUUAGCAUUAGCAUCAAGAAAACUGGAUCUAUAAGAACAAACUUGAUCUUUCGAGCACAAUUCAUACGAGAAAUGCAGCUCAAAUUCCAUGACAUUACAAGAAGGCGGAGGAGUUACAAAUAUUUCAACAUUUAGAAAAAGCGCCGUGCUUUAAACAAAGUUUUAGAGGUCUCCUAGCAACAGUGGAGGCCACGCCCACCACUUCCUUAUUAUCAUCUAUGGAGAGCUGUGUCUGAAGUUGCUCUGUUUUGCUAUAUAGUGCACUGUAUUCACCUUCCUCCGUUUUGAGUCUCCGAUUUCUAACUGUAAAAAUGAUUCAGAGUGAAGUGUCCUCGGAAAUUCAUGACUCCCUACAGAAUGAACUGUCGAGGGUUUAAUGUGUGUGUGUCUGUGUGUGUGUCUGUGUGUGUGUGUGUGUAAAAGUGAAUGAAUGAACGAGGAAAUGAUGCCGGACACAGCUCAGGACCGCUAAACUGAAUGAGGAGCUCAGUUUGAACCGAUCAACCAUUUCCAUAGCAACCAAAACACUCUUAACGAAUCAUUAUAACGAAUCAUUAUAUUUUAGGUAGAAGUGCGUUCUAGUCAAAUGACCGCUCCAAGUUCUGAGUUCUGAAAGUAUGACAACGACUCUCAUCACAAGCGGCGGUGAAGUCGUGCUUUUACUGUUUCACAC